AUGUUCCUGAAGCUUUCAAAGAAAUCAUUCAGCACUUCUAUUAGCAUAAUUACUUCUCGACAGUUUGCACUUUCACUUAAAUCUGCAUUUCUCUGCGGGCUGCUCGUGUUCCGCGGAUACAGGCAGGCUCUGGUUCUGUUGAUGAGACAAAAAUUUUUGAAAAUAACUGAAAGAGAGCUAGGAAUUGUGUUUGACUUAUGUGAAAUAAAUACAUCUACAUCACCAUCAUCAUAUAGAUACCAUCCCCCACAAGAACAGACUAGUCCAAGUUGGUAUAGGUGUGGCAAUUGUAGGGAGAUGCCAACAGAAAUUGUGAGAAAUGCAGUGACAACCUUCCACGGAACUGCAUUUCACAACAACCCAUAUGUAUUCAUUGUAUUCACGUGUGAAAUUUUAUCAUUAGAUACUUACGAAAAACAAUUCAGGCAUGUGAUAUCAAGCUGUUGUGUUUGGAGAAUCCGAUAUAAAUUUCCACACCCGUUUGGCAGUUAUGAGGGUUUCAGCUGCUUAUUUAUUUGAAGUGGUUCUAAUCACUUAUUGUGGUAUAAAGACAACAUUCAAAGACUGAUUGGAAUCGACUUCGUUUCUUGGAAACCAGAACUUCUGUUGCCUCUGGUUCAAUCUCUGCAAUGGUUCUAAAUAUCCUUUUUGGAUCAUCCUGUGAGAUUGUCACUGGAGGUUACAUGGUCAUAUAUGCCUCAUCUAUUCUUUUGUGCAUGAUCUGUGUUAAUAAUUCUAGAAUGUACUGGUACAAUGUCUUCUCCAAAACGGGCACCACACUCCAUGUCUUACUCCACUUGGAAUAUAUUCAAA